AUGGUCAGAAGCAGCUGCACAGAAAAACACCAAAGUCUAAAGAAGGAGCUCAAAGUCCAGGGCGCCAACCCUACCACCAAACUGUCUGUAGUGUCUGUAUCGAGGCUCGCCUGCAGAGGCGUCAGGGCUGUCCCAGAGCUGGAGGGGUUCAGGACUUACCUGAGCCGGGCGGUCCCAGAGGUGGAGGGCUUCCUCUUCCUGUUGUCCUUCUGUCGAACACAUUAG